AUGAGAGGAAGAGGAGGCUUCAGAGGAGGCGAUAGAGGUGGAUUCAGAGGAGCACCACGCGGUGGAAGAGGCGGCUUCGGCGGCGGUGGUAGAGGUAGCAAAUCAUUAGUAGUUUAAUAAUUAAUUUUAGGAUUCGAUUUUGGUCCCCCAGAUUAUGUUGAGCAAGUAGCCGAGUUCUCUCAUGCAUGCGAAGGAAUGUUGAUUGCCUAUAACACUACUGAUAAUGUUCCUCUCUUGAUGAGAAACAUUUACUUGCAAAAUAAGAACAAAGUUGGAAAGGUCGACGAUGUAUUCGGUGCCAUUAGCAAGUCAGGUAUUGCAAUUAAACCAGACGAAGGAGUCAAGGCUGAGAGCUUCAAAGCAGGAGAUAAGUUGUUUGCUGAUCCUUAAUAAUGCAGAAACACUGGUUUCUUCUUACCAAGACCAGCAUAUCCAAGAGCAGCAAAGCCAAGAGAUCAGUAAGGUAAAAUGGCAGGAAAGCAAGGCUUUAAAGGAGGCUUUGGUGAUAGAGGUGGCUUCAGAGGAGGUGACAGAGGUGGCUUUAGAGGAGGCUUCAGAGGAGGCGACAGAGGUGGCUUCAGAGGAGGAGACAGAGGUGGCUUUAGAGGCGGUGACAGAGGAGGAUUCCGCGGUGGCAGUAGAGGAGGUUUCAGAGGAUCAAGAUGA